AUGCCCCAAGGCAUCAUAGAGAUCCCAGGGGCUUCCCUCACCAUCCUGCUCCUCGCUGCAGCCCUCUGCUCCCGGACAUCCUCUGCCUCAUUUGGUGCCGACACCCCUACUGCCUGCUGCUUCUCCUAUACCUUCCGGCAGAUUCAGCGCAAUUUUGUGAACGACUAUUAUGAGACCAGCAGCCAGUGCUCCAAGCCUGCUGUCAUCUUCCUAACCAAAAGGGGCCGGCAGAUCUCUGCCAACCCCAGUGAUGCCUGGGUUCAGGAAUACAUCACCGACCUGGAGCUGAAUGCCUGAGUGGAAGCAAGGACGGCGUUAAGAGGAAGCUGUUACAUCUGAGGACAGAUUGGAAAGCAGACCUC